GUGCCAUCUGUUGUGAAGACAUGUAUUGUUUAGUCACUGAUUGUAUCAUAACUUAUGUGACGUUAUAUUGAAUUGUUUGAUAACAACUGARAUCUCGUCUAUUAUUGUUGUCUUAAAUUGCAUCCAAUUGUGUCCAUUGUGUCAAUUGGUCCACAAUGUCAAUGAUCAUUAAGUUUGCUGAAUAUCUAACUCCAGUUCUUAAGGAGUCGAAAUUUAAAGAGACGGGAGUUUUGACACCCGAAGAGUUUGUGAUCGCUGGUGAACAACUGGUCCAUCAAUGUCCGACCUGGAAGUGGGCCAAAGGAGAUGAAUCUAAAUCUAGGGAUUAUUUACCGAAAGACAAACAAUUUUUGGUUACAAGAAAUGUUCCCUGUUUUAAACGCUGUAAAGAUAUUGAGUAUAUGGAGAAUAAUGAGAAGAUAAUUGAAGAGAAGGACUCAGACGGCGGUUGGGUCGACACUCAUCACUUCGCAAAUCUUAACGAACAAGUUAUGGAAAUGACACUCACUUCUAAAGAUACUAACAAUUCAAAUGAUAAGCCAAAUGUUGUAGAAGAUGAUGAAGAAGCUGAAGAUAUGGAUCAAUAUCUAGCUUCGGGUCAGUUAGAAGAAAGAGAUGAGGCAACGGUUGAUUUAAAUGAAAUUAAAGCCAAUACCGCUUCCAAAAGUGAUGAACAGUUAGAAUCAGAUAUAGUUCCGACACGAACUUAUGAUUUGAAUAUCACUUAUGAUAAGUAUUAUCAAACACCUCGACUCUGGCUCUGCGGUUACAAUGAGAAUCAAAAACCACUCACUAUUGAUCAGAUGUAUGAAGAUAUUAGUCAGGAUCACGCCAAGAAAACAGUAACAAUGGAAACACAUCCACACAUUCCCGGUGGACCCAUGGCUUCUGUACAUCCCUGCAGACACGCAGAAGUAAUGAAGAAAAUAAUACAGACUGUUGAAGAAGGCGGACGAGAUCUACCGGUUCACAGCUAUUUAAUUGUAUUUCUUAAGUUCGUUCAGGCAGUCAUACCUACCAUUGAAUACGAUUACACACAAAAUUUUAAUAUGUAAUCUAUUUGUUAAUUU